CUCCUUGGGAACUACAUUUCCCACAAUCCCCUGCUGCCGAGUGAGCUCACGUGGGUCGCAGACGCCGGUGUCAGCAGAGUUUGACAGCAGCGAACAGCGGAUUUAAAGUUUCAUCGUGAUUUUCCUCCUUGCUGCUCCUGUACCGAACCUCAGUUCUGCACUAAGUUAAGCACUUUUCUGCGGCUGUGCUCCAGGCGGUAGUCGGCCAUGACUCCGCCGCCGCUGUCCGUUGGAGGAAGAGGAAGAGGAAGGAGCUGAUGAUGAUGAUGAGGAGGGUGAUGAUGACAUGCAGUUAGCUGGCUGCCCGGCUGGCUGGCGGACGGAUCGGAGCGGGACCCGGGCGGAGAGGCUCCAGCAUGCCGCGGAGGAAGCAGUCCCACCCGCAGCCGCUCAAAGUCGGGUCCGACCCGAGCGGCCCGGUUCUGGAGAGCGACUUCCUGCUGAGCAGAGACGGAGGGACGAGUUGGAUGGUGGGAGGUUUCCAUGGCGACAGGAGCUCCUCUCUGGAGCCCGCAGCACCAGCAGCCUCCGCCGUGCCGACCCUGCUGUGCUGCAAGGCCUGCGGACUGAGCCUGGGUGUGGGUCUGGCUCUGGGGGUGGAGCUUUACUGUCUCACCUGUGAGCAGCGGCGCUCCGCCCCCCGAGCCAUCAGGAGGAGUGGCGCCCCCUGCAGGCUGUUCUCCUGCUCGCUGUGCACCUUCACCUCGCGUUACUCCAACCACCUGAAGCGUCACAUGACCGUCCACGAUGGCCGCAAGCCGCACCGCUGCCCCGUCUGCCCCUAUGCCUCGGCGCAGCUCGUCAACCUGCAGCGCCACCUGCGCACCCACACCGGGGAGAAACCCUACGGCUGCGCCCAGUGCAACUACGCCUGCAGCUCCAUGGGCAACCUGCGGAGGCACCAGCGCAUGCACGCGCAGGAGGAGCAGAGGAACCCCAGGAGGAGGACAAAGAGCAGAGAAGAGCUGCCACUGGGGGCGCCAGAGGACCGCUCCUACCUGCAGCCAGCAGGGGGUGCUGGCGCUAGCUCUGUGUCUAUCUCGGACCCCCCACCGGCACUAACCCUAACCUUGUGCGACCUGACCCUGGAGGGUGGGGCAGAGGUCCAACCUGGACAGGUGCACCCUACUGGGGCCCAGCGGCGGCAGAGGGCGCCGCCCUGCAGCCCCGCCCCAGAGAAACCCCACGGCUGCCCGCACUGCACCUACGCCUCCUCCCACCUGGACAACCUGCGGCGCCACCUGCGGGUUCACACGGGCGAGAAGCCGUUUCGCUGCGUGUCCUGCAGCUACGCCUGCGGCAACCUGGCCAACCUGCGGCGCCACCAGCGCAUCCACUCGGGCGCCAAGCCGUUCCGCUGUGCCGUCUGCGGCCAUCGCUGCAACCAGAGCAUGAACCUGAAGCGCCACAUGCUGCGCCACACGGGCCGCAAGCCGCACGCCUGCGCCCGCUGCGGCUACGCCACCGCCCACUGGGACAACUACAAGCGCCACCAGAGGAAGCACGCCGCCGGGGUUGUCCGGGGGCCCGGGGCCUCUGGGGCCCCUGGAGGUCAUCAUGUUUCCUCAGACGGCCAGCUGCUGUAAGUCAGAGCCGCUUCUCCUCAAACACCGCAGUGCCUGGACCCGACAGGAACCGCUUCCCAACUUCCUGCCAACUUCCUGCCUCCCAGCAAAACAAACAUUGUCUUAACCUUGUAAAGCUGCACUCUGUUCUGCACUGAUUUAAAUAGGCUCAGGUCAGAGGGAAACUCAGGUGUGCUGCUGCACUGACUGCUUGAAAACAGUCUUCAUGUUUCUACACUGAACUUCCUCCAAAUGUUGAUCUUCUGAAGAUGAUUCCUACUUUUGUGUUUUAAUUCACUGAUGGAUUUUCUCACUGUGCUGCCUGACUUCCUGUCUGCUCAGGUCAUUUCCUGCCAAAUAGUGAAACUUUAAUCAGACAGUGAAAAAUGUUUGGAGCCACUUUCAGCUCAUUAAUACAUCAACUUUACAAAUGUCGGUUUGAUUCAGUUUGAGUUUGAAAAUGUUAGCAGCUCCUUUGUUCUGUUAAAACUCCUGAAUAAAAGUUAAAACAUUU